AUGGAUUCUGAAUUCUCUUCUCAAUUGAAGUCACAGGUCUUCCAGAUUCUAAGCUCUAACGACAAUACCCCAAUGGAAGUUGUCUUUUCCCAUUACUUCUCUUCCGAUCAAUCCCAAAAGUCCCAGGCUGUCUUGUUCCUCGAAUGUUCCAAGAAAUCCUACCCUGAAUUGCUCUUCAUCAAGCUCUUCUUCCUCGUACGAUGUGGCGCCAAUGUCGACACCCGCGCCAACGCCAUUCGGCUCCUUCGCUUCCUUCGAAUUUGCGACCUGUGGCCUAAAUUACGGGAAACAGCGAAGUCCACACUGAAAGGUCAUUUUCUUGCGUAUAUCAAUGAAGAGAAUUCAAUGCCGGUUUUGAGAAUGUUCUGUUAUGUGGUGGCCGAGACGGUAUGUGAGAUUUACACGGACGGCAAGCAUUGGCCAGAGCUUCUUGAAUUUCUAUUGACGUCUCUUGGAAAGACGAGCGAUGACAAGUUUCGAGAAAUUGCCCUUUUGGUUUUAGCGAAAUUUCCGAGGGAUUGCCUGUCGUUUAUUUGUGAUGUUCUGAAGGAUAGCUUUCAGGUUCUUCAUUCGUCGUUUCUGGAUGGGUUGGCUUCGGCGAGCCCUGAUGUUCAAGUUGCUUCUUUUGGAGCUGCUGUGAAGUUAAUGCCUUUAUUUUCGGAGCCUUCCAAUCCGGGGUUGUUUCAUGAACUUUUGAGGGCAAUGAUGGUUGGGGUCUUCACACUGUUGAGAAGCUCUCGAGAUAGCUAUGCUUUCACAGCUUUCAAGGAGUUGAUAUCGUUGGUGUCAGAAGGGCCUCAAUUACUGAAGCCAUACAUCGGUGAUAUGGUUUUAGACAUGCUGCAAAUUGCGGAGAACUCAGCAUUGAAUGAGGAAAUACAUUGUUAUGCCCUUAGAUUAGUCAUCACCUUGACAGAAAGAAAAGAUUUUAAACCCAUAUUCUUAAGUCUGCCUCAUCAGACUAUGGUUAGGCUAUUCUUAGUCCCCAUGAAAAUGUUGCUCUGUAUUAAAGAAGAUAUAACAAGUAAUGAAUUGAAAGGUAAAGAGGAUGGAAGUGUCGGGAAGACUAACGUCUACAACUUUGGAUUAGGAAGCUUGUAUCAACUUUCUGUCACCCUGGGGCAGAAUAUUAUUCCAAUUGCUUCAGAACUGUUGCCACUUUACUUGGAAUCUCCAGAAUGGCAGAAGCGUCAUGCAGGAAUUACGUUGCUUGCUUUUGUUGCCAAAGAGUUCUCAUUUGAAACGCUGGAGUUUAUGGACGAUUCUCUGGGGAUAGUGUUUGCCAAAAUUAUGAAAUUAUUUCAAGAUCCUCAAUUUCAAGUUCGCUCGGCAGCUUUUACCUUUAUGGCGAUGCCUACAAUUUUCGUCCAAAUGUUGCAACUGUUUUAUCAUUCUAGGCUUUUGCCUGCAUUAGUCAUGGCACUUGACACUGAACAGAACGACACAGUAAAGGAACAAGCUGCUUCCGCAAUGCUAUACUUCCUAAAGAACUCUCUUCCUGAUAGCUGCUUCUUGUGCAAGGACCUGGAUACUGUAAUAAGCCAAGUGUUGAUAUCGUUGCAGGGUGACGUAACUCCUAAACACAAGAGUAUUCUUUUAUCAACUUUUAAUAUUGUUGCAGAGCGAUGUGCUGCAGUAGCUCUAAAGUACCAUGUUAAUUAUCUUCCGAUCUUACUGGAAGCGUGCAAUGACAAGAAUUCUGAAGUUAAAGAGGAAGCAACACGGGGCAUCCGAAUUUGUGCAGAGUCUGGAUCACUGCAAUUCAAGCCUUUCAUCAAGGGGAUACUGUCCAGACUCAACAUUUUAAUGCAACAUGCAAGCCAGCCACUUCUGGAGAAUGCAAAAGCAAAUGAUAUUGCAGUUUCUGCUCUAGGAAGAAUCUGUAUAUGCCACGGUGACUGCGUUGAUGCUUCAAAACUUGUUCCUACCUGGUUAAGCUUAUUGCCCCUUAAAGAUGAUUUGAAUGAGGCCAAGAUUAUGCAUGAACAGCUCUGUAUAAUGGUUUCAAGGUCAGAUAUGGAUCUUUUAGGCCCAGGAAAUCAAAAUCUUGUCAAGAUCAUUGCAGUAUUUGUUGAGGUUAUUGAUAAGGGUAGCAGAUUAGCUACACCAGAAACUGUCAAGAAGAUGAGUCAUUUGCUGAGGGAGUUUGGAACGGCCAUUCCUCGCAGUUCUUGGGACUUAAUGUUGUUGUCAUUGAAUGCCCAACAGCAGCAACUGUUGUCGUCCCUGAUAUCAUCUUAAGAUUAUUCAUCUUGAUGAGUGCUAUUUGGAAUAUCCGACAACAUUCAAGAUGGAUGUGUUUGGUACAUUUGAAUGCAAAUUAA